AUGGAUCCCAACGUCCAGCGUGCCCUGAACGACAAGCUAUACGACAAGCGCAAGGUCGGCGCUCUCGAGCUCGAACGCGUGAUCCGUGAGCUCGUCGCGGCCAAGGACUAUUCCAGAGUCAGUGCUGUUCUCGACCAGCUCUGCAACGAGUAUGCCUAUGCGGUCCACCAGCCUCAUGCCCGUAACGGCGGUCUGAUUGGCCUGGCAGCCGCCGCCAUCGCCCUUGGCCCGGAGCUCCCUCGCUAUCUGGAGGUCAUUGUCCCGCCCGUGCUGGCCUGUUUCACCGACCAGGACGCACGAGUUAGGUAUUAUGCUUGCGAGGCCAUGUACAACAUUGCCAAGGUCGCUAAGGGAGAGAUCCUCAAGUAUUUCAACCACAUAUUCGACGCCCUGUGCAAGCUGGGCGCCGACUCGGAGCUGUCCGUCAAGAACGGCGCAGAGCUGCUUGACCGCCUCAUCAAGGAUAUCGUCUCCGAGUCUGCCGCGACCUAUGUCAGCGUCCUCGAGCUCCCGUCUACAAAAGGCGCCGGUGGUGAUGACGAGAUCAGCAACGAUAAGGACAUUGUCGAGGAGCCGGCCGAUCUGCCUACGGCCUUCUCCUUGAGGCAAUUCAUCCCAUUGCUCAAGGAUCGGAGCUACACUAUCAACCCUUUCACCCGCACAUUUCUCGUUGGCUGGAUAACUCUGCUCGAUUCCAUCCCAGACCUCGAGUUGGUCACAUACUUGCCCGAAUUCCUCGGCAGUCUGCUCAAGUUCCUGAGCGACCCGAACCGGGACGUACAUCAGGCGACCCAGGCUUGCCUCGACAAAUUCCUCAACGAGAUCAAGCGUAUAGCUCGAAUAAAGAAAGGCAUCGCCGACAGCAAGAAGUCAAAGGGUGACGGCAAGAGGAAGCGUGAAGAGUCCAUUGACAGCGGUAGCGUUCAGGCUGGCCUCGAGGAGGGUGACGAGGUUGCCUCGACCCUGGCCGCCGAAGAGGACGAGACCAGCAGCGAGGAUGACUGGGUCCCGGGGCAGGACGUCCAGAUCAACUACAAGGCCGUCUUGGAGAUACUGACCAACUUCCUCGACCAGUCGAAUACGACUGCGGCCCCUAAGCCGGGUGAGCGCGCACCAUUGUCAGCCACAACGGACGAGGAUGGCUUGCUCGAGUCCUUGAAAUGGAUCGUCGAAUUCCUGGAUAUCUGCCCUGAGGAGGUCUUGCCAUUCACACCAAAGAUACUGGCCCACCUGCUUCCAGCCAUGGCCAGUGGCGUUGAAUCAAUUCGACUGGCAGCCGCAAGGGUCAACAAUGCGCUCAUGAACUACGUCGUCUCGCUUUCAGAUGAGCCAGAGCUGUUUCUGUCGCACCAUCCCUCAAGGGCCGCGGUCGCGACUGAGCACCAGGAUGGGGCGUCUAGUAACCGUGCAUCCCUCUCCAACUCACGGGAACUCGAUACUCGGAGCCCAACACCGAACCUGAACAAGGGGCAGUCACCCGCCGAGGGAACCCCGAGGGGACCAACACCUGCGCCAUCGAACCAUCCGCAGGCAGACCUGGACUAUGCAGCAGCCGUCAACUCCCUGACUCUACUCUUCCUGAACGACCACGAGGCCACUCGCGUCGCGGCCCUCACAUGGCUGAUUAUGCUUCAUAGAAAAGCUCCACGGAAGGUCCUUGCCUUCAACGAUGGAACCUUUCCCGCGCUUCUCAAGACACUUUCGGAUCCAGCCGAGGCCGUGGUAACCAAGGACCUGCAACUCCUGUCCCAGAUAUCCAGGAACAGCGAGGACAGUUACUUCACAAAUUUCAUGGUCAGCCUGCUCCAGCUCUUCUCGACUGAUCGGAGGCUUCUAGAGACGAGGGGGAACCUCAUCAUCCGGCAGCUUUGUGUCAGCUUGAGUGCGGAGCGCAUCUAUCGCACCCUAGCCGAUUGCAUCGAGAAGGAGGAAGAUGUCGAGUUCGCCAGCAUUAUGGUUCAGAACCUCAACAACAACCUCAUCACGGCCCCAGAGCUCUCCGAGUUACGGAAAAGACUACGAAACCUCGAGUCUAGGGACGGGCAGACUUUCUUUGUCGCCCUCUUCAGGUCAUGGUGUUACAAUGCCGUCGCGACGUUCUCGCUCUGCUUACUGGCACAAGCCUACGAACAGGCAUACAACCUGCUUCAGAUAUUUGCCGAGCUGGAGAUGACGGUUAACAUCCUCAUCCAGAUUGACAAGCUGGUCCAGCUACUCGAGUCGCCUGUCUUCACAUACCUCCGACUUCAAUUACUGGAACCAGAGAAAUACCCCCACCUCUACAAAUGUCUCUACGGAUUACUGAUGCUCUUGCCACAAUCGUCUGCCUUCGCGGCGCUCAAGAACAGGUUGAACAGCGUCAGCUCUAUAGGAUACUUACACAUCGCACCAAGACCUAACGCCGCGACACCAAGUUCGGCGUCGUUCGACAGGCCGAACCGGCUCAAGGGCCGAGAAGAAGGCAUCAUCCGCUGGGCUGAGCUGCUCGAGAAGUUCCGCAGCGUACAGGAGCGCGCCAGGCGGGCGCAGAGGCUGGGGGGUGACCGCGACGACCAGCCGACCCUGGGGGUGGGGGAUCUGCGCAUCCUGGACGCGGCCGAAAUGGCUCCUCCCAAGACAGUGGUAGGCCGCGCCGGGGCCGGACCGCCCGUUCCUGUGAAGGACAGCCCUGUGCCUACGCCACCAGCUGCUAAGCCCAAGUCCGGUCUCGGUAGGCAAUUCGGGAGGUUGGGCGCUUCGGUUUCGGGAAGAGGGAAGAGGGGUCCUCAGUAA